UGGCACCUUAAGACUUGUAUUAGAUGUAUUCUCCAAGUCUUAGAAUGGACAAUUUGGUUCUUUCUACUUUUAGUCUGUGUGUGAUUUGUGUAGUUUUUCACCAGUAUGUGGCUAAUCCUCUUUGGGCAAAUGAAGAAACUACAACAGAAAGCAAAAUCUCUCCUGUGGAAGAAUUUUUGAAUGAUCAAACUGAAAAACCAAGGCAUGAUGGAGAGAUCACUCUCAAAACAUCUGAUGCACCAAAAGUGUAUCCUGGAGACUAUUUGUUUCAAGUAUCUGUUGGAGUGAAGUUUGUUGGUGCAAAUUUCAAAGAAUCUGAAGGGAUAGAGAGAAGAGUUGCAAGAUCUAUAAAAAGACUGGUUAGAGAAAAGCUUUCAACAUUUUCAUCAUUUAAAGAGUUAUUCCUUCUAACUAUUAAGAGGAUCAAUGCCCCAGGCCUGCUCUUUGUCUAUUGGUUAUAUUUCAGUCCUGGGGGAGAAGAUAUCUACAUUCCCCUUGAGAGUAGGAUAAACCAACUAUUGUUCAAGUCUGUAUCUAAUUUGCGACAUGGAAAAGCUGUAACAUUUUCAGUAUCUGUUGAAGAUGUGGAUGAAUGCAUCUCUGGGCUUUCCAUGUGUGAUCUUGAAGCCAACUGUUUGAAUGCUUUCGGUUAUUAUUCUUGUCAAUGCACCAAGGGAUUUGAAGACCCAUCUUCAACUGCUUCUAGCACCGGCUGUGUCAAGAAUGUGAAACCAGAAACGGAAAGAUUUUCAUCUCCAAUCACUUCUGCAUUGAAGAACUGUCAUAUGACCAUAGAGGGAGACUCCAGCAAAUGUCUUUCUCCAGCUUACCCUUGUGUUUAUGAUGAGUACCUUUGCAACUGGACUGCCACACAGAUUUCUGUUACAACAAACAUUGAAGCUGAUGGAAAACCACACACAGGCCAACCUAUAAAUUUGCUCAGUGGUGAAGCUACAGAACCAAUAUCUCAGGAUUAUGAGAGAAGAUGGAGUGGUACUAAUUUGCAGGAAUUUGCCCAACCAACAACUGAAAGAGGCAGCAUUUGGAAAUCCACUAAGGAAAGCAACUACUUUCUAGUUUCCAACCAUGGAGUACAAGUAUCUGCUAAACACCAUACAUCAGACUUUGAAAAUGUCCAUCUGUGCAAUUAUCUUUGCACACAGCCAUCCAGAAGGAACUCCAAAGGACUUCCUUCUACUCUGUUUGAAUUCUCCAGUGUAUUGACACCAUCAGUUUUCCAUGCAGGUUUUCCUGGAAGUGCACCUUCAGAGGGAAUGAUGUACAGAGGGAAUUCUGUAGAGUUUAACAGAUUGGAAGGAAUUUUAACAGAUCUCCUAGAAUCAUUUGACUCUACUGAAAGGUGGAUGGCAAUGGAGAGUAAGCUUGUUGUGUCUGAUGAUUGGGCUUCAACUAGCUGGAAUGUAGUUGAAAAUCUUGAAUGUGAACAUUUGGGGCAUAAAAGGACAUUGCCAUUAAAAACCUUGCAGACAUUUACCAACAUGCAAAGCAAAACUGAACACCAUGAGUUGUGGGAGCCUACGAGCUUACUGGCAACUGCCAAUUCUGGAAUGAGAGAAUCUGAAAUGGUCUACUCAGUUAGUCUUGAUAGAAUGGUAUCAUCUUUAUUAACUGCCUCAUUCCACACCCAUAUAUGGACGAAAGCUAAAUCCCAGGAUUUGUAUGUAUACAAGGGUGGUUUACAGACUUCUAUUUAUCAAACCUAUGAAAGAACUGUACAACUAAUUGCACCAACCCAUGUAUACACAUCACUGAAAAUAAACUCCAGCACGGUGACUGGAAAUGAGUCCUGGAAUUAUGAAUUGGAAUGGUUAAAAACGCAGAUCGUCAGUAGCGGGACCUUUAUUGAGCCAGUGUGGCAGGAUACUGAAGCUACAGAAAAGGAGACUGACAGGACCAGUUUUCUUAAUGUUCAAUAUGCAAAUAAUCCAUCUAUUUCACAGACUCUCUCGUGGAUGACAUUGGUACCAAAACUUCAAGACAAAGAUACAGAAAAUAUAGGUCAUUUAUUGGAAGUCUCUGCCAGAGUGGAAUUGUCAAAUGUGGUUUACAAGAAUUUUCAACGCUUGGAAAAACAGGUCCUGCAAUCUGUUCAGAAUCUGAUCAUGAACAAUCUGGUAUCAUUUUACCUGCCUCUUAAGAAAAUUCUUCCUACAGGUGCCAAAAGGGUCAAUACUUCAGGAUUCAAUUUUGCCUAUGAGCUGUAUUUUGGUCCAAAUGGAGAGAACAUCCAACACUCUCUACAGAUGCACAUGAAUAGCUUGUCAAACGAGUUGGUGGCUAACAUGAGGAAUGGACAAGUCCACUUGGUGUCAAUAUCAGUGAGAGAUGUUGAUGAGUGCAAAUCUAAGACUGCAGCAUGUGGCAAGGAAGCUAACUGUCUAAAUACCAUUGGUUCAUAUUUCUGCCAGUGUAAAUACGGAUUUGAUAACUAUUCAGUGGGACAAAAGCCCAAGUGCAUUGAAUUAGAUUCUGGCUUUUGGUCCUCAUUUGGCUUGAAGGAAAUCUUAAUUGCUUCUGCUAUAUGUGCAUUCCUACUUGUGUCAUUGGCACUAGCUCUCUGUUUUGUGAUGUUUAAAAGAUCACGCAAAAACUAUCUCAGAACUUGUGACACAUAUCCAGCUGGUGUAUCUGGAAGAAAUUUGUCUUCAGAAGAAUUGGAAAGCGAGGAAUCGUUAUUUAUCGUGCGACACAGAAGUGCCAAUUAUAUAUCAUUCAGAAAAUUUCAGCCAAUACCUGAAGAAGUGAAUGGUCAAGAAACUGAUUCAGAAGAGAUGAUCAACUUGCCUGCAAGAAAAACCUGGCCCGUUGUGAAGCUGCUUCCUUCAUGAAAGGUGUGACUCAAAUUGAAAAGAUCCACUGAUUUGGUUUUGAAACUAUCCAGGAGGAGUUGCGUAGAGCAUCCAGCAUUCCUUGAAUUAGGUGGUGAUAGUAUCUUCUGCAUGGCUUUUGAGGCUGGUUCUUGGACUAGGUGCUCAGAAUACAUUUAUCUUCACUGCAUUGUAUACAUUGUAUUGCUUGACACAUCAAUACCAUUACAGAACCUAAAUGAUGGGAAGGAGCUGGGAUCCAUACUUCCAUUCUUGUGCCAGUUCUUUGCAUUAAAAUGAAAACUAUUUGGACAUGUCUGGGCAAUGACUGAAAUCUGAUAUUCUGUCUGCUACAGAGAACUGAAGUCACUCUGCUUUUUAGUUGAUUUAGUUUUGUUAGUAUCUAAAAUAAUCCUUUAUUUUUCCAACCAUCAGGUUUUAAAAAUAAGUGCUACAGUGGAUCAUGGUGUAUGAAAGGCAAAAAUAAACCUGGUUACUUAUCACAUCUUGUUGGGCUUUAUUUUAAAUUUUUUUGAAUGCUGUAUGGCAUUUUUAUCUUUGAGUUGAGGGAUCACCUGAUGGAAUUCACAUUGCCUGAGUUCCUCUUUCAAAUUGUAUUCUCAUUUUAAUUCCACAAAACUUUUACUCCUGACUCUUAUUUUGUACCUGGUCUAAUAAAAGGGAGCUUGGCAUGCCCUUG